ACAACAUGCCCUUUUAAGGCAGAAAACUGGGAGCUCCAGUUAACAGGUUAUCAUUCACUCGCUCAAAUACUUGUCUUUUCCCGGAGCCAAGAAGGAUCUAGAUCUUGUUCAUAGUUUUGCUGAAAAAUGAAGGUCUUUGUGGUCCUGGUUGCACUGCUCCCAGUCGCAGUGAGCUCACCGCCUUUCCUACCAGUGGAUUGUGCUGACGUGUACAGCAGCGGCUUCGGCUCCAGUGGAGUGUAUACCAUCUACCCUGCCGGACCAACUUCCCCUGUCCAGGUUUACUGUGACAUGGGCUGUGUGGAUGAACCAGAUGGGGGUAGAUGGACGGUGAUCCAGAGGAGAAAGGAUGGGACCGUUAACUUCUACCGAAAAUGGGAUCAGUACAAGAGUGGGUUUGGGCAAGCAUCUGGAGAGUACUGGUUGGGGCUAGAGAACGUCCACCUCCUCACUCUGAGGAAGACGUACAAGCUGAGGGUGGACAUGGAGGACUUUGAGGGAGCUAAGGUCCAUGUCCAGUACUCCUCCUUCUCUGUCGGGCCGGAAAACGACGGAUACCAACUGUACCUUAGUGGCUUCACAGACGGAGGAGCCGGGAAUUCCAUGACUGCAGACAGCGGGAAGAAGUUUUCCACCUUUGACAAAGACCAAGAUCAUUCCAGUUCCACCAACUGUGCUAAACAGUAUUUAGGUGGAUGGUGGUAUGGGGAGUGCCACAGUGUGAAUCCUAAUGGUCAGUAUUUGUGGGGAAGCUCUAUCUAUGGGUUAGGGAUUAACUGGGUGUCCUGGAAAGGAUAUCAAUAUUCACUGAAAGCCAUUGAGAUGAAAAUAAGACCUGUGUAAUAUAUGAACUGUGGUGUAAUAUCCUCUGACACUCUCCUUCUUUCGAUAUUGUUUUGCACAGAUCAGUACUCAUAUAAUCGUGUUGACAAAUUUCGUUUUAGACGUUUUCUUCUUACCCUGAUGUGCUGACAACAUGAAAUUGCUUAGUUCGUCAUUACAUCCUGCUUGUUACAAUAUGUUAUCAUUGGUAUUGCAUUACCAUAGGUGAUGGCUAUUAUAUCCAUUAUCCAGUAUAUAGGUAGUCUGUAUGUUCUAUCUAUAAGCAGAUACUGGUAUGCUUUCAGAAUACCCAUGGUGAAAUCAUCUUAUUUGAAUAUUUCCAUCAUCCACCAUGUACAGUACUGCUUAUUUUACACGGUGAUGCUUGAUCCUUUAUGUGUCCAAUGUUCCUUGUCAAAGGAUUUAUAUUGUAUAUCCAUUGAUGAAGUAACAAAACAAAUAUGUUUGUCUUGUGUUUAUUCAAGUAUUGUUAACGUAUGCAGUAAUUCAGUUCAAACACAAUAAUAAUGAUUCAGAAAUCGAAAUGUACAAUUACAGGUGUGUAAGCAUAUCCAGCUAUCUGACAGACAGGGCUGAACAGGUGCAGUUAGAGCAGGCAGUCCGGUCAGU